AUGCAUCCUCAUUUAUGGACCAAAGAUAACUCCGCAGCUUGCGAAGAAGUCAUGGCAGCUUUGGACGAAUGUCAUGCUCGAGGAUUCAUGUGGAAAUGCAUGGGAAUGUGCAACGAUAAAAAGACAGCAGUCAAUAAGUGUUUAAGGGCGCAACGGCUAGCACGGACGGCGGCAAAUCGAGAAAUCGCAAAAGUUAAGAACGAUAAAAUCAAGGCAAAAUGGGCGGAUAUAGAUGAGACUUCAUGA